UUGGCUCGCGUGGAGCUGGCUCAGAGCCAACAUGGCCAGUAAACAACAACAGCGACGUGUUGAAGGCAACUGGCUUUGAGCAGCGGCCUUGCUGUCUGCUGUUGCUUCUCGGGAAGCACGAUUCAGACACAUCGGCGUGCUUUCCAACAAUGCGUCGAUUGUGUGUUUGAUUGAUAAUCCAUCUGGUGGGACCUCAUCCUGUGUAUUCAAGCAAUGUCUUCCCAGCAGCUUAACAGCUCUGCACCCAACAGCCCUACCAAUGUCAUUGGUUCUCCGUUCUCUGUCAACUCUCCAAUGGUGUCACCCUCUCUAGGAUUUGGACCCAUCAGCCACAGCCAGCGCUCAGCUUCAGGUGCCAUGUCAGGGAUGCAUUCAAUCAGUAGCUCAGAAGACAUCAAACCUCCGUUCGGUCUGAGGCCCAUGUCUGCGCACAGUCCAGGAAUCAUGUUGUCUCAGAAGCGCCUGUGCGUCAUUUGUGGAGAUCGUUCAUCUGGCAAGCACUAUGGCGUCUACAGCUGCGAGGGCUGCAAAGGUUUUUUCAAGAGGACGGUCCGCAAAGACUUGAGCUACACGUGCAGGGACAACAAGGAGUGCCUGGUGGACAAACGCCAGCGCAACCGCUGCCAGUACUGCCGCUACCAGAAGUGCCUGGCCAUGGGCAUGAAGAGGGAAGUGGUAAGGUGGAUAAAAGAAGAUGGAAAAGAUGAGGGUUGGAUGACGGUUCAGGAAGAGCGCCAGAGGAACCGCGAGCGGGAAGGCGAGCUGGAAUUCAGCAUGGGCAUAAACGAGGAGAUGCCGGUGGAGAAGAUCUUGGAGGCGGAGACUGCGGUGGAGUUGAAGACUGAGCUCCACUCCGACGGAGGCUCCACUGGCAACUCUCCCCAUGACGCGGUCACCAACAUCUGCCACACCGCAGACAAGCAGCUUUUCGCCCUGGUGGAAUGGGCCAAGAGAAUCCCUCACUUCUGUGAGCUGCCCCUUGAUGACCAGGUCAUCCUCCUGCGUGCAGGUUGGAAUGAGCUCCUCAUAGCCUCCUUCUCCCACCGCUCCAUUGCCCUGAAGGACGGCAUUCUACUCACCUCGGAGCUGCAGCGCGACGGUGCUCACAGUGCAGGAGUCGGCGCGAUCUUUGACAGGGAGAGUGUGCAGAGUGCAGAGGUCGGUGCCAUAUUUGACAGGGUUCUCACCGAGCUUGUCAACAAGAUGCGAGAUAUGCAAAUGGACAAGACAGAGUUGGGUUGCCUUCGCGCCAUCGUCCUCUUCAACCCAGAUGCUAAAGGCCUGUCCAACACGGGGGAGGUGGAGCUGCUCCGAGAGAAGGUCUAUGCAUCGCUGGAGGCCUACUGCAAACACAAGUAUCCCGAGCAGCAGGGCAGGUUUGCCAAGCUGCUCCUUCGCCUGCCCGCACUGCGAUCCAUCGGCCUGAAGUGCUUGGAGCACCUGUUCUUCUUCAAGCUGAUCGGCGACACGCCCAUUGACACUUUCCUUAUGGAGAUGCUUGAAGCUCCUCAUCAGCUGGCCUAGAGGGAGCGUGCAGACUGGAGUGGCACUUUAACUUGGAAACAUUUGUCCGCUUGUCUCACUGCUAUCUGGGUUCCACUUCCUUUUCCUUUUGUUUGUUUUAGUGCUGCACACAUUUUGCUCUUUUUAGACCAAACAGGCUGGCUGGUGCUAUGUGUUGAAAGUAUUUUUUCCCCCCUUCACAGGCUAUAUCACAUUUUAUAUGAGCUUUGUACACACUGCUUAAGUGGAUCUAUUUUUAAACGAGAGCACCGCGUCAGAAGACCUAGUCUUCUUUUUAAUCCUUUCUAGUCAACAUGGAUCUAUCUAUUCCACAAGAUGAAAUCUUAGCAGAGACACAAAAUGUCUGCUCUCCAUUUAGACUUAAGACUUUGCCCUUUUCUGAGGCCAAUCACUUGACUUUCGAAAAGCUGCCAGCUGACUGUUGGAGCCUUUUCAUAUUUGGUGCUAUUUACAAAAAAAUGCGACUUGAUUGGUUUGAGAACCCCCCCACACCUAAGAGGAUAUGCAAACUUUUUUUGGGUUGUAUUAUUUUAAAUAAAAUGUAGCAAUAUAAAAUGUUUAAGUGCUUUCUGCCUUUCACUCAUUCAGGGGUUUUACCAAGUAAAUCACGUCUGGUGGAAAGGGAAUAUUCCAUUUUGUAAUUUAUACAAUUCUGUGGUACUGUGCAAAAGUAAAUGUUCAGGGAAAAUGUAUUUUAAUUUGAAUUAUGAUCAGGAGAUGCAAAUGAUAUCUUUUAACCCGUUACCCUUUUUAUUUUCUCUUCAGAUAGCAGAACAUGUGUUGGGUUGCACUGGAUUUGCUGAGUUUCAGCUUUUUUUCCUUUUCUUUUUUAAAUCCUUUUACGCUCCAUUGUAUUUCCUUCCAUCCUUUCCCUGCCAGGUAGCUGUCCUGUCCAUUGUACUGUCUCUGCAGUUUAUUCAAAGCAAAAUCACAUUAGGUCCAGAGCACCAAGUCAUUGAUCAAGUUGACGCCCAUGUGCUCCUCGGCGCGUGGGUUGUGGAUUAAAAAUAAACAUGACUUCGAUUUGUGA